CCUACAGGUAACUUAUCUCAUUCUCGAGAGGUACCUACGUAUGUAUCUUUCACUGCCUAGAGGCACCUAGGCACCUAACUUAGGUAUCCUCUAAACUAUUAGGAUUGGCACCUAUAUGUAUAAGUUGGAUACGUCAAUAUGAGCGGAGACAUUCUCUGUCAACGACUCGGCGCUCCCAAUCCCCGGAGCAUUCAUUUGCCUUCCCACAUCACAAGUACCCGCACGUAUACAAAGCACAGAAAUCGGACAUGGAUAUCGACGAUAUUCUACGAGACGUGGAUCCGACCUUCGACUCUACCCCCGAAGAGACCCGAGACCUCCAGGCGUUAACGCGUGCUUGGGUGGCCGAGAGAUGCUCCCCCGAAUUACUCGCCUGGCCGGCUGACGGGCUCUUCGAGCGCGUGAGCGAGCGCAUCAAACAGCAGAUCGAGAAAAUCGAAGAGAUGACAGGCGACAUGGACCCCAGGACGAAUUUUGCCCUCAUUGUCAUACAGACGGAGCUCGAGCGCUACAAAUAUCUAGUACGAAGCUACCUGAGAGCUCGCAUGGCUAAGGUCGACAAGCACACGCUAUACUAUCUGUCAAGCCCCAUCCUCCAAGCACGCCUUUCCCCGGCAGAGCUUGCAUAUGCGACACGACACCAGGCGCUACUCCACAAUCACUACCUAUCCUCUUUCUUAUCAUCCUUCCCUCCGCCUCUGCAGAAUCUUAACGACACCGCUGGGAGUGCCAGCAUGAUUGACGUUCCCGACGUAGACACGGCCGUGUUUAUCCGCCUGCUCAGCGAUACGCUCGUGGAAGGUCGAGGAACGGAUGCCGAUGGUGCCAUGAACGGCAAGAACGGCGAUAUUGUCAUCCUGAGGUGGUCCGACGCAAGAAAGCUGGUUGAAUCGGGGUUGGCCGAGGUCGUGUGAGUCUAGACAGGAUUUACAAGCACCUCCCAGCGAAGGGCCAUGCUUGUCUAGCCGCGAAGGAGCUACCCGCAACAGCCCUACACGCCGGGAUCACGAGGGUUUCAACACAUGGGUCGCAGUGAGAGCCAGUCACCAGCUCAGGCGGCGGCCACCUCGGGAUCCCACUGCGAUAAAACACUGUGCGGGAGGGGCCGUCGGCACGCAGCCUCGGGCCGCGUCAUCCCCAUCAUGCAACAAGGCUCAGAUACAUAUGCCCACCUGUAUAUAUACACUAAGGCUCUGGAGAGGAAGCCUCCCCGAGGCUGCGCCCACAAAGCUGCUACGGUUAACCUGGAAGUACUGUCCUUAUAUCGACCACGGCACAGCCUAGGGCUGCCUUUCAAGCGCAUCGGCCUUUUAUCUUUAGAAAAGCUUAUUAAAUUAAUGUAAUAUUUAUAUUAUAUUUAUAUUAUAGUCUGAGUUUGAUGUAUUUUAGCAUUAUAAUAGAGAUACUUUUAAUAGAUAGUAAUCAAUUUUAAA